AUGAGACCGUUUGUCACAGGUCAUGAAGACUUAGUACACGAUAUUGUUUACGAUUUUUAUGGAAGACACGUCGCUACAUGCUCUUCUGAUCAACACAUCAAAGUAUUCAAGCUUGAUAAAGAAACGAAUGAAUGGGAACUGAGCGAUUCUUGGAAAGCACACGAUAGUUCUAUUGUGAGCUUAGAUUGGGCGAGUCCUGAAUACGGUAGAAUCAUUGCGUCGGUUUCCUACGACAAAACCAUCAAGCUUUGGGAGGAGGAGCCGGAUGCACCCGAGUGUUCAGGACGUCGUUGGACCAAACUAUGUACGUUAAAUGAUGCCACUGGUCCCCUUUACAGUGUCAGGUUUGCACCUGGACAUCUGGGUUUGCGAUUGGGGGCUAUAGGCAACGAUGGUAUCUUAAGGGUUUACGAUGCCGUUGAUCCCUCUGACUUGAGGUCCUGGACGCUUACAUCUGAGGUCAAGGUGCUCCCCACACCACCUGCAUCACAUUUGCAAUCAGACUUUUGUUUGACAUGGUGUCCCUCGAGGUUUUCACCGGAGAAGUUGGUGGUUUGCGCUCUUGACCAAGCCUUAGUCUACCAAAAAGAUAAAGCAGGUAAAUUUUACGUUGCCGCUAAACUCGAAGGGCAUACUGGAUUGAUAAGAUCAGUUAGCUGGGCUCCCUCUAUUGGCAGGUGGUAUCAGCUGAUUGCCACAGGCUGCAAGGACGGAAAAGUGAGAAUCUUCAAGCUAACAGAAAGAAUGCAAAAUGAUAGCGAUUCCAUGAGCAUUGAUCAAGAAGGUCUACAAGAGGACUCGAAUGAAUCCAACUCAGAAACUGGAGCUCCGGAGCUAAAGGUAGAGAUAUUAAGUGAAAGCUCUGAUCACAAAGGUGAGAUUUGGUCCGUUUCCUGGAACUUGACGGGAACAAUUUUGAGCUCAGCAGGGGACGACGGCAAAGUUCGUCUGUGGAAGGCCUCCUACUCUAACGAGUUCAAGUGCAUGUCAGUCAUUAGUGCUCAAAAGAAGACUUAG